CGCCCUCUCCCCGCGUCCCUCCCAGACUAGCCUCCGGGGUGGUUCUCCGGUGGGUUCCCUGGUCUCCGGAGUAGAGGGCGGGCCCGGCCCGAGAGAAACGCUGGCUCCAUCCCCUGCCGGCCUCCUCGCCCCACUUGCGAGGACCUGGGAACCCCCAGGCCGGCGGGGACUGAGCUCUCGGGUUCGAGUCCGCAUCUUCACUUUGUGUCAGACCCUGUCGGCGCCGGAGAAGAAGGGACCUGGGUGGAGGCAUUCGGCCCCGGCCCCCUGGCCGGCCGGGGGGACCCCGGAACCCCAUCGAGGAAGCAGGUCACUUCCUGCUUCCUGGUCCCCGAGGUGGCUUCGUGGCCAGGAGUGCGGGGACGCCUCCUCUUUCUCUGUCUCCUGCCCCGAAGGGUGGAAACUGAGGCAGAUCCAGGGUGGGGCGAUCAAACGGGGGUCGAAGAGGGAGAAAUGCUGUCCGUGACAAAACCAAACUUGUUUGGGGUUAGAGAAUGAGGACCGGGGAGGUUAGCUGGAAUUGUCUCUUGGUCAAAAACCUAGCCCCUUUGACGAGGGGAGCCUUGGUGGGGAGCGAGACCCUCCCCUGCCCAAGCGACCGAAGCCCGAGGUUCUGAAUAGUGGUGGUGAGGGGCAGCCGAGGCCCUUCCCUGAAGGACCGAGAAGGGACAGAAAAGUGGAUUGGAGCUACUUUCACAGAAAGUUUCGGUUACUUUGUAUAACACUUAAAAGUAAUUGCCAACUUUUUUUUUUUAAAGACUCUUUCCGGAGUUUUCUAACAACGUAGGCUUGGGAAUGAGGGUUUGGUUUGGUUUUUUGGAGAAGCGCUUUUGUUUUAUAGGUAAAGCCAACGAACUUGGUAACGAGUAACAUUUUUUAAUACUGCAGUUCUCGAGACUGUAGGGAGCUUCCCUUAGUCACAGAUGUAAUCUUCAUGUUAAACAGUGCAGAGUAAGAAAAUUGAAGUCAAAGACCAUGGGAGAUGCAGCAAAACCUUAUUUUGUGAAACGUGCUAAAGACCGAGGGACUAUAGAUGAUGAGGAUUUCAGAAGGGGUCAUCCCCAACAAGAUUAUUUAAUAAUGGAUGAUUAUGCUAAAGGCCAUAGCAGUAAAAUGGAAAAAGGCCUUCCAAAAAAAAAAAUAACACCAGGGAACUAUGGGAAUACCCCCAGAAAAGGACCAUAUGCUGUUUCCAACAAUCCCUAUGCAUUUAAAAACCCAAUUUACAGUCAACCUGCUUGGAUAAAUGACAACCACAAAGAUCAGAGUAAGAGAUGGCUCUCUGAUGAACUUGCUGGUAAUUCAGACAGUUGGAGGGAUUUUAAACCUGGACCUAGAAUUCCUGUUAUAAACCGACCAAGAAAAGACUCCUUUCAGGAAAGUGAGGAUGGAUAUAGGUGGCAAGAUGGAAGAGGCUGCAGAACUGUAAGACGACUACUUCAUAAAGACUUGACAAGCCUAGAAACCAUGUCAGAAAUGGAAGCAGGAAGCCCUGAAAACAAGAAGCAGAGGUCCAGACCUCGGAAGCCACGUAGGACUAGAAAUGAGGAAAAUGAGCAGGACGGAGACUUGGAAGGCCCCGUGAUUGACGAGUCUGUGCUUUCAACGAAGGAGCUCCUGGGCUUACAGCAGGCAGAGGAGCGAUUAAAAAGAGACUUCAUUGACAGGCUAAAAAGGCGACCAAGAAACUACCCUACAGCUAAGUACACCUGCAAACUUUGUGAUGUUUUAAUUGAAUCCAUUGCAUUUGCCCAUAAGCAUAUCAAAGAGAAGAGGCACAAGAAGAACAUUAAGGAGAAGCAAGAGGAAGAGUUGCUUACUACGUUACCCCUGCCUACACCCUCCCAGAUAAAUGCAAUUGGUAUUGCCAUUGACAGAGUGGUACAGGAGUUUGGCUUACACAAUGAGAACUUGGAACAGAGACUAGAAAUUAAACGUAUCAUGGAAAAUGUGUUCCAACACAAGUUACCAGAUUGUUCUCUGAGAUUAUAUGGGUCAUCCUGUAGCAGAUUGGGUUUCAAAAAUUCAGAUGUAAAUAUCGACAUUCAAUUUCCAGCUAUUAUGUCUCAGCCAGAUGUUCUCUUACUUGUUCAAGAAUGCUUGAAGAACAGUGACUUUUUUAUUGAUGUUGAUGCAGACUUCCACGCUAGGGUGCCAGUGGUGGUGUGCAGAGAGAAGCAAAGUGGUCUUCUUUGUAAAGUGAGUGCAGGAAAUGAAAAUGCCUGUUUGACGACAAACCAUUUAACUGCCCUUGGAAAACUUGAAUCAAAGCUGGUUCCUUUGGUGAUUGCCUUUAGGUACUGGGCAAAGCUUUGCAGUAUAGAUCGCCCUGAAGAAGGAGGUUUGCCGCCUUAUGUGUUUGCCCUGAUGGCCAUUUUCUUUCUUCAACAAAGGAAAGAACCUCUUCUCCCCGUUUAUCUAGGAUCAUGGAUUGAAGGAUUCUCAUUAAACAAACUAGGGAACUUCAACCUUAAAGAUGUUCAAAAAGACACCGUGGUCUGGGAAUACACUGACAAUGCCGCUGGGGAUGCAGACACACCAAAAGAAGUACCUGUUAAAAGGGGACAGGUAUCAUUAAUAUUUGAUUUCAAGCACGUCCCAUCAGUUCCAGUUGGGCAGCUCUGGGUGGAAAUGCUUCGAUUCUAUGCUUUAGAAUUUAAUUUGGCUGAUUUAGUGAUCAGUAUUCGUGUCAAAGAAUCUGUAUCUCGGGAAUCAAAGGAUUGGCCCAAAAAGCGCAUUGCCAUUGAAGAUCCCUACUCAGUUAAAAGAAAUGUGGCAAGGACUCUAAAUAAUCAACCCGUGUUUGAAUAUAUACUUCAUUGUUUAAGGACAACGUAUAAGUAUUUUGCUCUUCCACACAAAAUUACAAAAUCCAGCCUUCCAAAGCCUCUGAGUACUGUCACAUGUCUUUCUGAACAUUCUAAAGAGGUAGCCAAGCAUGACCCGGCUGCGCAAGCAAAAGAUGAUAAACUCAAAAGCUCAGUUUUGGCUCAGGGGCCAGGUGCUGCCAGUUCGACUGCAGAUACCUGCAUGGUACAGCCACUGACUCUUAAAGAGACUGCUGAAAGCUUUGGAAGCCCCCCAAUGGAGGAAAUGGGAAAUGCGCAUGUCAGUGUCCACCUGGAAAACCCAGACUGUUUCAAGGCAGGGGCCAGUUGUGAUGAGUUUGAGGAUAUUAAAGGACACCCUCAAGAAACAGAAAGUGAAAUUGGGAGAGAGGGCAGGCAUCCUUUGACUGCCGAUGAUCAGGGUUUAAGGAGCAGCAGACAUCGAGAGCUUGUCAUCUGUGGCAGCACACAAAAUAAUGAGACAGAGAGCACUUUGGAUUUAGAGAGCUUCCAAAAUCCUGCAGCCAAAGAGUGUGAUGGAUUCACUACUUCAGAGGACAAGGCUGACAUUGACGAAGAAGGCGCAGAAGGUGCUAAUGAUCUUGAAGAUGCUCUAAGCCACUUCAGCCCUUCAAGACAGGGCCACACAUCAGGAAUCAGUCAUUCCGAUGAAGAGGAGGAGGAGGAGGAGGAAGAGGAGGAUGACGAAGAACCCAGGCUGUCCGUUACCCGAAGGGAAGAUGAGGACGACUUGGCUAAUGAAGAGGAGUUAGAAAAUACGUACCCAGGGUCAGGGGAUGAGGAUGCCCUGUCUGAGGAGGAGGAUGAAGUGGGAGGGUCUGCUAAGUACAAAGACUUGAGAGAAGGUGGGACACCUGCAGAUGGGGCUCUACUGAUGGAAUUUAAUAAGAUCUGUCUUAAAGAAGAAAGUGCAUGUGAGGAAAGCUCAACUGUGGAUCAGUCUGAUUUCUUCUAUGAAUUUAGUAAACUCACAUUCACCAAAGGCAAGUCUCCUACGGUUGUGUGCAGCUUAUGCAAACGAGAAGGUCAUCUCAAGAAGGACUGUCCUGAAGACUUCAAAAGAAUUCAGCUGGAACCUUUGCCACCACUGACACCCAAAUUUUCAAAUAUCUUAGAUCAAGUUUGCAUCCAGUGUUAUAAGGAUUUUUCUCCAACUAUUUUAGAAGAUCAAGCUCGUGAACAUAUUCGUCAAAACCUAGAAAGUUUCAUAAGACAGGAGUUUCCAGGAACUAAACUGAGCUUGUUUGGCUCCUCCAAAAAUGGAUUUGGGUUCAAACAGAGUGACCUUGACGUCUGUAUGACAAUUAAUGGACUUGAAACUGCAGAGGGGUUGGACUGUGUACGAACUAUUGAAGAAUUGGCAAGAGUCCUCAAAAAACAUUCAGGUCUGAGAAACAUCUUGCCUAUUACAACAGCAAAGGUGCCAAUUGUAAAGUUCUUCCAUUUGAGAAGUGGUUUGGAAGUGGACAUCAGUUUGUAUAACACACUGGCCCUUCAUAACACAAGGCUCCUAUCUGCUUAUUCAGCCAUUGAUCCCAGAGUGAAAUAUUUAUGCUAUACCAUGAAAGUAUUUACAAAGAUGUGUGAUAUUGGUGAUGCAUCUAGAGGCAGCUUAUCAUCAUACGCAUACACACUUAUGGUGCUAUAUUUUCUCCAGCAGAGGAAUCCACCAGUCAUUCCUGUUCUUCAAGAGAUAUACAAAGGUGAAAAGAAACCUGAAAUAUUUGUUGAUGGCUGGAAUAUUUAUUUUUUUGAUCAAAUAGAUGAACUGCCCAUCUAUUGGCCAGAAUAUGGGAAAAAUACAGAAUCUGUUGGGCAGCUGUGGUUGGGACUUCUUCGAUUCUACACAGAGGAAUUUGAUUUUAAAGAACAUGUUAUUAGCAUCAGGAGAAAAAGUCUGCUUACAACUUUUAAGAAACAGUGGACCUCAAAAUACAUUGUUAUUGAAGAUCCCUUUGAUUUGAAUCAUAAUCUUGGAGCUGGAUUAUCAAGGAAAAUGACAAAUUUUAUAAUGAAAGCAUUUAUUAAUGGUAGAAGAGUAUUUGGUAUUCCAGUCAAAGGAUUUCCAAAGGACUGCCCCUCAAAAAUGGAGUACUUUUUUGAUCCAGAAGUGCUAACUGAAGGAGAGCUGGCCCCAAAUGAUAGAUGUUGCCGAAUUUGUGGGAAAAUUGGACACUUCAUGAAGGACUGUCCUAUGAGGAGAAAAGUGAGGCGACGGCGUGAUCAGGAAGAUACCCUGAACCAAAGAUACCCUGAGAACAAAGAGAAGAGAAGCAAAGAGGACAAAGAAAUUCAGAACAAGUACACAGAGAGGGAGGUGUCGACAAAAGAAGAUAAGCCCAUGCAGUGCACACCUCAGAAAGCCAAGCCAGUGAGGGCAGCUGUCGACCUGGGCAGAGAGAAAAUUCUCAGGCCACCGGUGGAAAAAUGGAAGAGACAGGAUGACAAAGACUUAAGAGAAAAACGUUGUUUUAUUUGUGGAAGAGAAGGGCACAUUAAAAAGGAAUGCCCCCAAUUUAAAGGCUCUCCAGGUAUGUCUAAAUCAGAUUGUGUAUUUGGAUCCCCUUCUUCACCUAGCCCCUUGAGACCAACUGGCACAUUUGCUCAGGCAGUGCUUUUACAUGAAGACAAAAAGAAACAAAAAACAACUAUAUUUUUGAGUCCCCAGUCAGGUAGCCUUUCCAGUAAAUAUAUGACUCAGGGAAAAGCCUCAGCGAAGAGGACCCAGCAGGAAUCAUGAGGGAAGGAAAAAAUGCAGCACUCUAAAUGGCCACUCAGGCGUUCCUAUUCACUUUGAAAUUAGGUUCAUUUCACAGGACACAGCAGCAUAGAUCAGGCUUCAACUUAACAUUUAAGGGAAAUGUCAGAUUUUUUUUAACUUAAUGAAAUUGUUAAUGAGGAAAAAUAAAUUUAAUACAGUCUCACGUACCACAAAUCCCCAUAGAUGUAAGGAUUUUAAGAGAAAGCCAUGAUAUAUGUAUUUAAGCCAGGUUUUAUUUUUUUUUAAGCCAGGUUUAAAAAAAAAAAAAAAAGUAUAACUGUUGGGCCAGUAUUCAGUGAAUACAAUUUCAUGGUUUUUAAUUCUUUCAAAGCACACUGAAAGUGGUGUGCUGAUAAACCCUGAGUAAAUUAACCCUUUUUUUCACCUACAAAUCCCUUUUUUGUUUUGAAGAGGGGAAAUUAUAUUUAUUCUUUACUGAAUCCUUGUGUGAAAGCAUAUCAAAUAUGUGUGAACUGCUCCUACUGUAUUUACAAUUUACAAGCCUUAUUUUAUUGAUAUUUGUAGAAGUGACAACGCGGAACAUGAGUACCUAUUUAUGCGAGCCUUCCGUGGGUCAGCAGCGCCACCGAGGGGCUCUGGGGUUUUUUCCCCUCUCUAAUUUUAAGUUAAGUUGACAUAGAAUUCCUAUACUCAUAAAAAUGAAGUAAGGAAAACAAGUAGUCCUGUUUGCUGCUAAAAACAUUUUCAAAGGAAAAAUGACAAAGUAGAAGUGCUUUUUACUUUUUAUGAUACUCAGAAAUUAGGGUGGAGAACUUUUAAGAAAUCCCUGAGGAUUAAAGAGGCCGUCUCUGCCAAUCACAAAUUUGGUUGGUGUCAUUUUGGGUCUGACUGGAGCCCUCCUGGAACUGUUUCUCUAACUCCACAAGCCAUCCAGAAGUAGUAUGUGGUCAGAAUUAUGCCUCGGUUUAUUUAUCAUUUUGAAAUAAAAUCAGAAUUUCAACCUGUAAUUUUAUCCACAUUACUUU